UGGGAUGUGGGAGUAGUAGGUGUGUGUUGCUAAUUUCCUGAAUUGAACUGGAGGUCAAGUUGUUAGCAGCUAGGUUAGUUUUUUGGCAGUAUCGCCAACUCUGAAAGUCAGGUAGUGUAUAUAUCCAGAGGUAGGAUGUCUGCUCACGGCUGGCAGUGGGUCUCCUGCUUAAAAAAGACUCCAUCUCGGAGAUCUAAUGAAGAUAUUGACAUUGUUUUAUCAAAAUUGAAGACGAUGAAGGUAUUUGAACACUACCCUGAGGCCGUGCUGGAGGAGCUCAGUCGAUACGCUCUUUACGACACCUUCCUCGCAAAUGUUACUUUGUAUCGUCCUGGUGAGGAGGGUCUAUACUGGUAUGCUGUGGUCGCAGGCAAUCUUGAGAUGUUAGAUGUAGACCCAGUUGACAGUUCAAAGACCACCGCUAUAUGUCAUCUGCGAGAUGGUGAUUCUUUUGGGGAAAACGUCAUCCUCGGUACAACAAGACAAACCAUGAUUGUCACCACAGAGUAUAGUGAGCUCUUAUUUGUGGAGGCGGGAAAUAUGCGACGGAUCUAUGAGAAUCACAAGGAAGCCAUGCAAGGCCUCCUCGUUGCAGCUGCUGUGUCACAUGACACAAGUGACACCACCGAUAGUAGUGAUCGUGAUUCACUUUCUUCAACCAAUGACUCAGACCUAGUAGUAGCUGGAGUUACACUACAUCAGCUCAUCAGAGACCACUUCAGUGAUCUUAUAAGUGACCACCGGGUGAAUAUGUUCACAUACAAGCAGUGCUCGUCGGGGCGUAAAAUGGUGGACUUUGUGACGGCCCAGUCCUCUUCCCCUAGGACACGGUUCCAGGUCAUUCAGAUGUGGCAGGCCCUUCUUACAGAGGGCGUCAUUGAGCACGUAAACAAUGAGCACGCGUUUCGAGAUGACUCUCAACUCUUAUACCGGUUCAAAGAUCACAAGACAGUUCCACAGGAAUCACGUUCCAAGCGUUGGUCCUUCUUCACUCGAGGGUUUAGAGGUGGUCACUUGCCAGAGGAAGAUGGCCACCAUCCCAAUGGACACCGAGCUUCCCUGACCUCAAUCACCUCCAGUCCCCGUUCAUCAAGGAGCUCUAUUUCAUCCAUUUUGGACGAGUGCUUUGACACUAUUGCUGCACUCGGCCCUGAGACCAUCAUCUACGCCACUCUCAAGAAAGACCCUGCAGAACGCCAGGUUGAUGAGUUAGAGUUGAUUUACGAAGAGCUGCUCCACUUGAGGGCAUUCAGGCACCUCUCUGAUGCUGUCAAGAAGGAGCUUGCCACUUGUGCCAGAUUGGAGUACUUCAAGAGAGCAGGGAAAUAUGUGUUCCAACAAGGGGACAAGGGGGACUCGUGGUAUGUGAUUCUCCGAGGAUCUGUCAAUGUGAUGAUAUCGGGAAAGGGUGUUGUCUGUACUUUGCACGAGGGGGAUGAGUUUGGAAAACUAGCAUUCAUUAAUGAAGCAGUCAGGAGUUCUUCUAUUCAAGUCCGUGAGGACAACUCUUACUUCAUUCGUAUUGAACGUUCUGACUUCCAUCGCAUACUCCUCUCUGUUGAGUCCACGAAUAUCAAGGUAGUAGAACAUGGUAAGGAGGUGCUCCUGCUGGAGAAGGCCUCCCUUGGGAAGUACCUGGUUGUCAAGGGAACCGCCGAGAAGAUGCUGGACCACCUCUUAGAGUCUGAACUGGAGACUGGCUCUCAAGAAGACACGUUUGCUCAGGAUUUCUUCCUCACCUAUCCUGCCUUCAUCUCUAUGACCGGUCUCUGUGACUUACUUCGGAGCAAGUACCAGGGGCCAAAGAUCAAAGUUCAAGGUGUUGAUGAGACCUCACUCAGAGCCGAAGAGGACAGUGUUACAAAAAAGAGGAGAGUUGCUGAGGCUACUUCCAUCUGGAUCAACACCUGCAAAGCAGAGCUGGUCAAAGAUGCAGUAUUCCUGCAGCUACUCAGAGAUAUACAAGACGGACUAGCCAAAGACUCACUCAAGAAGCAGCAAGAUCUUCUCAACACCUCGUUGGCUGACUCAAUCCGCUCAGUACGUGGAAUCCCAGGAGGCGGGGCACAAGUUAAUUUAGGCCAUGCCUUCAAGGGGCGGAGGCAAGCCUCGUUUGACCAUGAGAUAAAACUGGGCAUAAGCACAGUUCCUGCCCACUCCCCUCAAGACAAAGUCCCAGUACGAGUACACACCGUCGACCGCAGACUCUGCAGACUGCAGGUUCGUCUAGAUGUUACAGCUCGUAGCAUUGCUGAGGAGGCAUGUCAAAAGCUUGAGAUUCAAUCCUCGGCUAAUUACGAGUUAUGUGAGGUGAAGUCUUCAGGGGAGAAAGUUCGACUUAAGGAUAAAGAUAUCUCUGUCUGGAGUGAGAAGAGUGUCAAUGGCCGAUUGUUUGUGCUCCUCAAGAAACACUCAGAGCAAGUUGUGGCUCCACUCCCAGACCAGAAUCAGAUUCCAGUGACCCCAUUCCCAGACAAGGACAGCUCCCGUGAGAUAGCAGCCCAUCUUACAGCGUACGACUGGAACCUCUUCACUAACAUUCAACAAAUGGAGUACAUUUAUCAGUUGUUCGGACGACACAAGUUUGGCAAGAUUGUCACAAACCUGGACCUCUUAAUUCGAAGAUUCAAUGAGGUUCAGUAUUGGGUUGUGACCGAGGUGUGCAGAGAGCCUGACCUGGCUAAGCGGGUGGCCCUCGUCAAGAAAUUCAUCAAAAUUGCUGGAUACUGUAAAAACUUUAACAAUCUGAACUCAUUCUUUGCGAUAACGAUUGGUUUAAUGGACGGAGCCAUCACAAGACUAAAGCAGACCUGGAAGGAGGUCCCUCCACGGCUUAGGACGCGCUUCGAGCAGUUCCAGGGACUCACAGACCCAUCACGUAACCAUAAGAUCCUGCGAGCAUACCAGUCAAAAGUUUCCCCUCCGUUGAUCCCGUUUAUGCCUCUGGUUACAAAGGAUGCAUACUUCCUGAACAUUGGAAAUGAGACGUUUAUCGAUGGGCUGGUCAACUUUGAGAAGAUGCGAUUGGUUGCUAACAGUGUGCGGACUCUCAACCGGUGCAGGACAGGGGUCAUGUCAGGUGAUGUCAAAGUGCUGUCUAAUAAGAACCCUGCUCUACAACAGUACAUAAGAAAUCUGAGAGUGAUCGACAAUGAUGUAGUUCUAACAAAAAUGUCUCACAAACUCGAACCUCUUGAGAGCAACACUAGAACUCACACUCCGUCAUCUGCUAGCUAGCUCAAUGAUUUCUGUUAGAUUACUUUUAUUAUCAUUCCACACUUGUGUUGCGUGCUGUUGGUGCUAUUUAAGAGUGAAAUUAAGUUGUGUGAAAAUGAUAAUUCCAAAA